AUGGACGUGGCUUUCACACUGCCUCCCUCCCUGUGUUUGUGCCUUGGACCCCAAGUAGAAGAGAUCUCUUCCCUUGUGGGGGACACGGAACUGUACUGUUUUAGGCUAGAGCUAUUUCAGUUGCUUCUGGUGCACGGUCAUAAUUGCUUUUGUGACCUUCGGGGCAGUUUAGAAGUUUCAACAUUCAAUUUCCUAACUGGGGUAAGAAAGAACACACAAUAUGGUGGGAAGGACAGCUGUUAUAAUAUGAUGCAGUGCAUUGCUGCUGGGCACAAGAUCGUUGCAUUAGCGAAUCUGAGACCAGAUGAAAACCGAGAAAGGACUGAUGAGCUGGAUAGCUACAUGUAUCAGACAGUGGGUCAUCAAGCCAUUGACUUAUAUGCAGAAGCAAUGGCUCUCCCCCUCUACCGCAGGACUAUAAGAGGAAGGAGCUUGGAUACAGGAAAGGAAUACACCAAAUGUGAAGGCGAUGAGGUUGAAGAUCUCUAUGAGCUUUUGAAACUUGUGAAGGAAAAUGAAGAAGUAGAUGGGAUAUCAGUAGGUGCCAUACUUUCUGAUUAUCAGCGUGUUCGAGUAGAAAAUGUGUGUAAAAGGCUUAAUCUCCAGCCUUUAGCAUACCUUUGGCAGAGGAACCAGGAGGAUUUACUUCGAGAGAUGAUAGCAUCUAACAUACAAGCAGUCAUCAUCAAAGUAGCAGCUAUGGGUUUAGAUCCAGAUAAGCAUCUUGGAAAAUCCCUGGAUGAAAUGGAGCCCUAUCUCUUAGAGCUUUCUAAGAAGUAUGGAGUUCAUGUAUGUGGAGAAGGUGGAGAGUAUGAAACAUUCACUUUGGAUUGCCCUCUCUUUAAGAAGAAAAUAAUUGUGGAUUCCUCAGAAAUAGUCAUACAUUCAGCUGAUGCAUUUGCACCAGUGGCUUAUCUACGCUUUUUAGAAUUGCACUUGGAGGACAAGGUGUCUACAGUGUCUGACAAGUACAAAACAUGUAGCUCUAUACACAAUUCUUGAAAAGCAUUUUAGAAUAUUGUAGACUAAACUAUCAUUUCUUUAAAAAAUACAUGCCAGUUUGUCAUUUUUGAACAGCUUUUUCCUACAUUUUUAUGGCUCAAAAAAUAUACUUGUUU